AUGAUGUUUGGUUGCUUAAACGGCGUUCGGCAUGUGCGCGCUCUGGGCGUAACGGCUGCAGCUGCGCAACGGUACUCGACCGAUCGCAAGCCAGAUGCGCUCAAGGGACCGACAUGGCAGGAGAGACUAUGGGGCUGGAGCCAGGCCGCAAGGGGUGACAAGUCGGGAAGCGGGCUGGGUAUGGAUGAUGGCGACGACAUGAGCGAUCCGAAUUCCAUGUUUAACAGACGGAGGAUUCAAACCGCGAAGGCUGCUCUGGAGCCGCGACUACGCUGCACUGAGGUCGAUGAGACCGGCAAGGUCAUCUUGAAUGACGGCGAGUUCAAGAAGAGCGAGCUGAUUGCCAGGUACGGUCUACUACCUCGGGAUCUUCGCAAGAUCGAUUCCUCGAAUCUUCCCCACAUCCUAGUUCGCCCAUCUGCGAUUCUGAUCAACCUUCUACAUUUGAAAGUGCUGAUCAAGCACGACCGAGUCCUGCUCUUCGAUGUCUACGGCUCCAAGACCUCAUACCCGCAGUCUGCCUUCAUGUACGACCUUCAGGGAAAACUGGCACAGAAGCAAUCUGCCAGUGCCGGCGGGCUACCAUACGAGUUCCGGGCCCUCGAAGCUGUGUUGAUGUCUGCCACCUCAGAGCUAGAAGCUGAUUUCGACACGGUCCGGGAGCCUGUCAUUCGCAUCCUGAGUGACUUGGAGGACGACAUUGACCGGGAGAAGCUGAGGAUAUUGCUCGUCCUCUCCAAGAGAGUGAGCACUUUCGAGCAAAAGGCAAAGCUUGUCCGAGACGCCAUCGAGGAGAUACUCGAGGCCGACGAUGAUCUGUCUGGGAUGUACCUGACAGAAAAGACUCACGACCUUCACCGCGGGGAAGACGACCACACCGAAGUUGAGAUGCUGCUAGAAUCAUACCAUAAGAUUUGCGACGAAGUUGUGCAAGAAGCGAGCAACCUGGUGAGCAGUAUCAGGAAUACCGAGGAGAUCAUCCGCGCUAUUCUUGACGCCAACCGGAACGCUCUCAUGCUUCUAGAUCUGAAAUUCAGCGUCGGCACACUUGGUCUCGCUAUGGGCACUUUCCUUGCAGGACUUUACGGAAUGAACCUGGAGAACUUCAUCGAGGAGACCAACUGGGGCUUUGUAGGAGUCACUGGUGCCUCGGCGUUUUUCUCGCUCCUCGUCUGCUGGUAUGGCCUAGUGAAGCUUCGCAAGGUGCAGCGGGUGAGGAUGCAUACAAGCGAGCCUGCUGGCCGCCGCAGCUCCCAGUGGUUCCGCGAGGAAGGCCCAACCUCCUUGCUUGAAGCGAGGAAUAGGGAGCAGUUCAGACGGAUCAACUUGAUGAAACAGAACAACACCAAGACGGCAAAGAAAUGGUGGUGA